AUGUCCACUCCAUUCACUUCGCUCUCUCGCGCCUCAACAAUUCACAGUGAGGAUAGAGGAGAAGGAACUUCAUUUGCAUUUGAGACACCUACGCCUGCUUCUAGACCAGCAAGCCGACCUUCCAGCAGGAUUGACCUUGCGAAUGGCGAAGUUCGCACUGUUUCUGACUUUGAGAAGCGCGCGUUGGCACCUUCAUUGAGGACGAGAAAGGCUGGUCAACCAAUGAUUGGACAAUUCGACCGAAAUCUGAGCCCGAUAAGCGUAGCCUCGACACUUGCUGCCUCAGAACCACCCAACCCAAUGCCGGUCGUCCCUGUUGUGGGCAAACAAAAGAUUGUUAUUCGCUCCGAUCCAGCGCUCUUGACGUGUUUUGAUCCCAAGGACAAGGAGUUAUAUGAUCUAUGGGCGCCAAAAGUGUAA